UUUCCGUAAAAGAAAAGAAGAAAGAGGGUCAUCAUCGUUUCAUGGUUGCCUCUUCUUCUUCUUCUUCUCACUCCCCACCAUAUCUGCUCUCUCUCAGCUUCACCCUCUCUUAAAAGCUCCCAUUUUUACUCCAUUUUCGCUUCCCGCUUAAUGCUCAGAUCAAUAUCUGAACCGCAUCUGAAGAAUCGGUUUUAGGGUUUCUAUCUUCUUAGAGAGCUUCGAUUCGUCCGUUUUGCUUUAUAGGGUUAACGAGCUUGUCUUCAAGAUUCGAUUUUUCACUCUGUUUGGUUAUCCCAUUGAAUGGUGCAAUGGUGUCAGCGAACGACCCUAUCGAGUCCUUAUUCAAUUCAAUCCAAGUCGUUAAAGACGCUCUCCUCCCCAUCGAGCUAGGCGUCAAAAAGGCGGCGAGGGACAUCGAGAGUUGCUGGGUGAGCAAAGAGAAGGACUUUCGUUUGGGAAGAAACAGGAAGAAGCGAGUGUGUGCUAAUGUUGAGAGUGUUCAGUGUUUGGUAAGUGAAGAGAGGAAGAAAGGUUUGUCCUUUAAGUUCCCCGUGAAGUCACUCUUUGGUAAUGAGAAACUAGUGAAGAAGAAAGACAAGUCUUUAGAGAAAGAAGAUGAUGAUUCUUGUACGAAUUGCUUUAAGUUUGCACUGACUUGGUCUUUGUUGGUUAGUGGCUUUGUCCAUGCUUUACCCGUUCCUUUUAAGAUAGGCAAGAAAAGGAUUCAUGAUGAGAGCAGUCUUAAGCUUAAACCAAAGGCUUCGUUUGCUAACCGGAAAGAGAUGAGGAAGAACCAGUCAGCUAAAUCUUUAGAAAAGGAAGGGAACGCUUUCUCGAUUGAAUGUGCUAUUGGGUUUGUUGUUGAAAUGUUGGCUCAUAAUCUCCAGAAGCUAGACCAGUUCAUCCAGGAGAGUUCACAGACGGAAGCUAGUGCACUUAUCUUUAACAUAUGGGAUGCUAGGAAGCUCGAUGUGAAUGGAUUCCUUGGGAACUUGAUGUUUGCAAGAGUUGGAGAUGUGGCGUCUGGUAUAGUUGGCCUGACAUCUCCUAUGAGUGAAGAUGGUGAUGAGAGUAACGUUAGUAAGGAGGAAAGUGUUGUUGAUUCUCCACAGAGCUUGGCUAGUGGACUACUGAGUAUACCUUUGUCAAACGUAGAGCGUUUGAAAUCCACACUGUCCACUAUUUCAUUGACUGAGCUUAUUGAGCUUUUACCCCAGUUAGGACGACCGUCAGGAGACCAUCCGGACAAGAAGAAGCUAAUAUCUGUUCAGGAUUUUUUCAGAUACACCGAGUCUGAAGGCAGGAGGUUCUUUGAAGAACUAGAUAGAGAUGGUGAUGGUAAAGUAACUUUGGAAGAUCUAGAAAUCGCAAUGAGAAGAAGAAAACUACCUAGAAGAUACGCCAAGGAGUUUAUGAGACGAGCGAGGAGUCAUCUUUUCUCCAAAUCAUUUGGUUGGAAGCAGUUUUUGUCAUUGAUGGAACAGAAGGAGCCAACCAUCCUCCGCGCCUACACUUCUCUCUGCUUGACCAAGUCCGGGACCCUUCAGAAGAGUGAGAUACUGGCAUCGCUAGAUAACGCUGGACUUCCUGCUAACGAAGAGAACGCUAUAGCCAUGAUGAGGUUCUUGAAGGUUGAUACUGAAGAGUCUAUCUCGUAUGGACAUUUCCGUAACUUCAUGGUUUUGCUGCCGUAUGAGCGGUUACAGGAUGAUCCUCGUAACAUCUGGUUUGAAGCUGCGACUGUUGUUGCUGUUGCACCUCCGGUGGCCUUACCUGCUGGAGAUGUUCUGAAAUCUGCAUUAGCGGGAGGACUUGCCUCUGCUCUCUCCACUUCCCUGUUGCAUCCCAUUGACACAAUCAAGACACGUGUGCAAGCAUCAACCUUAUCGUUUCCUGAAGUAAUAGCAAAGCUUCCAGAGAUUGGUGUCCGGGGAGUUUAUAAGGGUUCUAUUCCAGCAAUUCUUGGACAAUUUUCAAGUCAUGGCCUGCGGACAGGAAUAUUUGAAGCAAGUAAACUUGUGUUGAUCAAUUUUGCUCCCAAUCUCCCAGAAAUUCAGAUUCAAUCCAUUGCAUCAUUCUGCAGCACAUUAUUAGGCACGGCUGUGCGGAUUCCAUGCGAGGUGCUGAAGCAACGGUUGCAGGCAGGCAUGUUUAACAACGUAGGGGAAGCCAUUGUAGGGACGUGGAAGCAAGACGGUCCAGGAGGGUUUUUCCGUGGGACAGGCGCAACUCUUUGCCGUGAAGUUCCACUAUACGUUGUCGGCAUGGGACUGUAUGCAGAGUCCAAAAAGAUGGUGGCACAAGCGCUGGGAAGAGAACUGGAAGCAUGGGAGACAAUAGCUGUUGGGGCGGUGUCAGGAGGUGUAGCAGCAGUUGUAACAACGCCGUUCGAUGUGAUGAAGACGAGGAUGAUGACUGCAACACCAGGGAGACCCAUCUCAAUGUCAAUGGUUUUUUUCUCGGUUCUGCGUCACGAGGGACCGCUUGGUUUGUUCAAAGGAGCAGUCCCAAGGUUCUUCUGGGUGGCUCCUCUUGGUGCCAUGAACUUUGCUGGCUAUGAACUAGCCAAGAAAGCUAUGCAGAAGAACGAGGAAGAUCAGCUUGGUCAGAAGAAGCUUUGCUAAUGGCUUGCUUUUUCACUUUGCUUUGCUGCUACAAAGUUUUUUUUGGGGGCAGCUUGAGCUUUGGAGGAGACACUACUCUUUGUUAAAUGCUACUACUUUUGCAAAUUUUGACCCCCAAAAAAAGUUGAUUGUUUUGUUGUGUAUGGAAGACAAUUUUCAUCUUAUUAAUUACAAAAAACUUCCGUUUGAAAUU